UUGCAGGUCGCCGAUCUCAAUGUAUUCUUUGGCUUUCAUUUCUUCCCUCACCCACCACUUAGAAUAAUCAUCGAACCAGUACUUUCAACUAAUUAAUUUGAACCCUUUUAACAACAAAGCUUAGGGAAUUGAACCUCAUCAAUAUUUUCUUCUCUCUCUCACACCUUCCCUGAAGAGCUUUUGAGUUCAAACCAAGCAAUCCCCAAACAAAUUUUCUAAUUUCUAGAGAGAAAACCAGAAACCCAAAUGGUGCAAACCCGAGAAGGAGAAGGAGAAGGAGAAGAUCGAAAUUGAGGCAAAUGUCGAUGCCAACCUCGAGGCGCCACCCUAUAUCAUUUCCCCAUUCAAUACCAUCUUUAAAUCUCUCCUUCUUUCUCACAUUUCUCUCUAUCCUCACUUCCGCCGCCACCGCUAAUACCGAAGAAGAAGAAGCUUCAUUACUAUUCUCUUGGCUAGAUUCCGCCUCUGUCAUUCCACCUUCCUUUUCGAACUGGAACAACUUAGACAACAAUUCAUGCAAUUGGACUUACAUAACAUGCAACUCCUUUGGUUUCGUCUCCGAAAUCAACAUCCAAUCCAUCUCUCUCCACCUUCCAUUACCUUCCAAUCUCUCCUCCUUCAACUACCUGACUAAGCUUUCAAUCUCCGGCGCUAACCUCACCGGUACAAUCCCUGAUGACAUCCACGGCUGUCAAUCGCUUCAAUUCAUCGAUCUCAGCUCCAAUACUCUCGUGGGUAUCAUUCCUCCGGCCAUUGGGAAGCUUCAAAAUCUUCAACACUUGAUCCUUAACUCGAAUCAGCUUACCGGAAAAAUACCAUUAGAACUCAAAUUAUGUCAGGGGUUGAAAAACCUCUUGUUGUUCGAUAACAGGCUAGCCGGACCAAUCCCGGCCGAAUUGGGCCAAUUGUCUUCUCUAGAAGUUCUACGAGCCGGCGGCAAUAAGGACAUUGUCGGAAUUAUCCCCGAUGAGAUUGGAAACUGCGGUAACUUGACAAUACUCGGUCUAGCGGAUACAAGAGUUUCAGGGAAUAUUCCAGCUACGUUAGGGAAGCUGAAGAAGCUCCAGACAUUGUCAAUGUAUAUCACGAUGAUAACCGGAGAGAUUCCUCCCGAAUUAGGUAACUGCACAGAGCUUGUGGAAAUUUAUUUGUAUGAAAAUGGUUUAUCUGGUUCAAUCCCACCUGAGAUUGGAAAACUAAAGAAGCUAGAAAAGCUUCUUCUAUGGCAGAACAAUUUGGUGGGUAACAUUCCUAACGAGAUUGGAAACUGUUCUAAUAUGAUUUCAAUUGACGUCUCUCUGAACUCUCUUUCUGGGUCAAUUCCUCAAACAUUUGGUGGGUUAUUUCAGCUCGAAGAAUUAAUGGUGAGUGAUAACAAUGUCUCUGGUUCAAUCCCAUCUGUUCUUUCAAACGUUACUAGUUUGAUACAACUACAACUCGACACGAACCAGCUCUCUGGUUUGAUACCGCCGGAGCUGGGUAUGUUAUCGAAUCUCUUUGUCUUCUUCGCCUGGGAAAACCAGCUUGAAGGAAGCAUACCUUCAAGUUUAGCCAACUGUAGUAGCCUUCAGGCACUUGACUUAUCGCACAACUCUCUCACUGGUAAUAUCCCUAAUGGGAUUUUUCAGCUUAAGAAUCUAACGAAGCUUCUGUUGAUAUCAAACCAUCUUUCUGGUUCAAUCCCAGAAGAGAUUGGAAGCUGUAACUCUCUGGUUAGGUUGAGACUUGGGAGUAACCGGAUAUCCGGUCAGAUUCCAAAUCAAAUUGGGUUUUUAACAAGUUUGAACUUUCUUGAUUUGUCCGGCAAUAGGUUAUCUGGGUCGGUACCAGAUGAAAUCGGGAAUUGUUUAGAGCUUCAAAUGGUCGACAUUAGUAAUAAUACCUUUGAAAGCAACUUGCCUAAUUCUCUUUCAUCUCUGUCAAGUCUACAAGUUUUGGACAUUUCAAAUAAUCAAUUUACAGGUCCAAUUCCUGCUAGCUUUGGUCGUCUUAUUUCGCUUAACAAGCUCAUCUUAAGCUGCAAUUCAUUCUCUGGUUCAAUUCCUUCAUCGCUUGGACUCUGUUCUAGCCUCCAGUUACUAGAUCUCAGCAGCAAUCAACUCAACGGUAAUAUCCCAAUCGAAUUGUGUAAAAUCGAAGCUCUCGAGAUCGCUCUCAACCUUAGCUUCAAUCGCCUAAACGGACCGAUCCCAAUUCAAAUCUCAUCGUUCAACAAACUUUCCAUUCUCGACCUAUCCCAUAACAAUCUUGAAGGGGAUUUGAGUCCUCUUUCCGAUCUUGAAAAUCUCGUUUCUCUAAAUAUUUCGUAUAAUAAUUUCUCCGGCUAUCUUCCCGAUAACAAGCUUUUCCGGCAGCUAUCGCGUUCGGACUUUGCUGGAAACGAUGGGUUAUGCUCGGUUAGCCACGGUUCUUGUUUCUUCAGCGACGUUUCCAAGACUGGAAGCCAUCGGUCGAGUAGAAUUAAGUUGGCUAUUGGUUUUCUAAUUGCUUUGAUAAUGACUAUGGUAAUUAUUGGAUUAAUGGCCGUGAUUAGGGCAAAAAGAAGGUUAAACUCUGGCCAGGGGUCGGAAACUGGCGACCCGUGGCCUUGGCAAUUCACUCCGUUCCAGAAACUGAACUUUUCGGUCGAUCAAGUUCUUCGAUGUCUAGUGGAAACGAAUGUCAUUGGUCGUGGAAGUUCGGGGGUUGUUUAUCGAGCUAAUAUGGAAAAUGGGGAUGUUAUUGCUGUUAAGAAGCUAUGGUCCAUGUCGUACGGGUGUAGUCAAGAGAGGUGUGCGGUUGUUCGCGACUCGUUCUCAGCUGAGGUUAGAACGCUAGGAUCGAUUCGCCAUAAGAACAUUGUAAGGUUCCUAGGUUGUUGUUGGAACCGAAACACGAGAUUGCUCAUGUACGAUUACAUGGCUAAUGGAAGCUUGGGAAGCUUCUUACAUGAAAGGUGCAAUCGCAACCGCCCUUUGGAAUGGGAGUUAAGAUACAAAAUCCUUUUAGGCGCGGCUCAAGGGCUCGCUUACUUGCACCAUGAUUGUGUACCACCGAUAGUCCAUAGGGACAUUAAGGCUAAUAAUAUACUUAUCGGUCUUGAAUAUGAGCCUUACAUUGCUGAUUUUGGCUUAGCCAAGCUAGUCGAUGAUGUUAGUUUUGGUCGGUCCUCCAAUAUGGUUGCCGGGUCCUAUGGAUACAUAGCACCAGAGUAUGGCUAUACGACGAAGAUAACUGAAAAGAGCGACGUUUACAGCUAUGGAGUGGUCAUACUAGAAGUGUUGACGGGAAAGCAACCAAUCGAUCCAACCAUUCCAAAUGGGCUCCAUUUGGUUGAUUGGGUGAGGUUAAAAAAAGGAGGGAUGGAAGUUCUUGAUACGAGCUUAUUGGGUCCAUUAGAAUCUGAAAUGAUGCAAGCUUUAGGGAUUGGUUUAUUAUGCGUAAGUUCAUCUCCGGAGGAGAGACCUGUCAUGAAGGAUGUGGUCGCAAUGCUUAAUGAAAUCGUGCAUGAAAAGGAGGAGAACUCAAAGGCGAAGGCAGACAUAUUACUCGAGCGCACUAGAGUUGACCUCGCGUUUAGGGAAAAGGAGGCGACUUCUUCCUCAACACAAGAAACACAAAUUUUGUAGCACAAAAAUAAUAACACAAGUUUCUAGCUUUCUAAGUACUAUUCUAGAACAUUCUAAGAUCAAUAAGUUUG